GCCGGCGGCGGGGGCAGGCAGUCGCUCCGUGACCGCGCGCCGCACCGCGUGUGCGUUCGUCUCGCGCGCUACCGUCGCGAACACGGCCGACUACGAGGAGCCCGCCAUGGUGUCCGUGGGCGCGUGGAGGCGCCGCACGCCCGACGACUGCGAGGAGCGCUCGGAGCCGGGCGCGUCCAGCUCGGCGGUGCCGCGCGCGCCGCCCAACUGCGCGCGCUGCCGCAACCACCGGCUCAAGAUCGAGCUGAAGGGCCACAAGCGCUACUGCAAGUACCGCAACUGCACCUGCGAGAAGUGCCGGCUGACGGCCGACCGGCAGCGCGUGAUGGCGCUGCAGACGGCGCUGCGGCGCGCGCAGGCGCAGGACGAGGCGCGCGCGCGGGCGCUGGUGACGGGGCUGCAGCCGCCGGGCGUGGAGCUGGAGCAGCCCGAGCCGCCCGUGGUGAAGGCGCCGCGCAGCCCCGUGGUGCCGCCGCCGCGCUCGCUGGGCUCGGCCAGCUGCGACUCGGUGCCCGGCUCGCCCGGCGUGUCGCCGUACGCGCCGCCGCCGCCCUCCGCGCCGCUGCCGCCCGCGAUGCCGCCGCUCAUGCCGCCGCAGCAACCGGCGGUUUCCUUCGAAACCUUAGUGGAGAACUGUCAGAAGCUGCUAGACAAGUUCCACUACUCCUGGGAGAUGAUGCCCUUGGUGCUCGUGAUCCUCAACUAUGCGGGCAGUGACCUGGACGAGGCCACGCGGAAAAUUGACGAAGGGAAGAUGAUAAUCAACGAAUACGCGAGGAAACACAAUCUGAACGUGUUCGACGGGCUAGAACUGAGGAACUCGACACGCCAUGCCGUGUUUUGUGUGGACGCUUGCUGUGCGAUGCUGUGUUGCGAACGACUACGGACUUUAUUGUGGCUAUCUUUGGACCCUCGCCCACUGGGUGGUCCACCAAUGGCGGUUGUACGAGCGGUCGCUGUGCUCGCUACUGGAGCUACAAGCGCGCAAGGGCUCGUACUCCAUGUGCUGUUCGCCGAGGUACGUGCUGGCGCCGGAGUACGCGCCGCACCUGCUGCCGCUGCCCCUCACCACGCAGCGCGCGUCGCCGCCGCCUGCGCACUUGUAGCGAUGCGAACAUGCGCCGCUUCAGGCGGCGCAAGAGCCCCCGGCCCCCGCGUCGACUUCCACGUCGACGUCAGCGGCGGGCGACGGCGCCAGCUCCUCGUAAGCUCGCGCCAUUGUGGGGACUCUGUGUAUAUUCCAGGACACCUAGUGCUAGAUCUGUUAAGUUACACCCACACGAAAAUGUACCUUAUGUUAUGUUGUUGUAAGACUAUUUUUGCGCACUGACAUGUGAUUUGCCCUGGAUAAGGAUGUGUCUCGAGUAAUGACUGUUUCUGAGUUCACCAGUGAUUUUUUUCGUCAAUGGAACUGUCAAACACUAUAUAUGGUAACCAUUUAUUUUGUAAGUGAAACGUCUUAUUUCGAAAGAAAACGUGGACCUACCAUGCGCCUGUAUCAAUGUCAAAACUCCGAACUUGGACAUCUUGAAAACCUCCAACAACUUGAGAUGGCAAUACGACCUCUUUCGUCACCCAAAACGCAGUUCAUCAAUGACAGUAAAAAAAUUAAAUUGUCUAUGCCCUGUAAAUUAUAGAGUAAGGAGGUUACAUUCACAUAUCGGUGCGUUGACAUUCACAAUCCAUAGACAUGUUUAUUUUUUUACUACACCUUGUAAUUAAGAAUCAUACGAUGUUAUCAACUGUAUGUCUGUCUGUCCUAUCAUUAACAUGAAACCUGUGUGCGCUUUACUUUGUAUCUGAACGCUAACAUUUCAAUCACCUGGUCCUUUGAUACGUUGAAAUCAGAUAGUCUUGAUAAUACGACAGUAUUGGAAGUUAAUCAUUCAGCAAUUGUCUAUUUUAUGGCGCCGCAAUUUGUAGACACAAAUUAUAGAGAACGAUAGCGUAUCUACCUGGGGUUGAAAAAACAGAACGAUAUCAAUGUUGCAGGCAAAAUAUGUAGUUGCAAUAUUCAUUUUUAACACAUGUUCAGUUGUUUCUUUUUUAAGUUUAAAGGCGUCAAUUUAUAGCUAAAUGACUUUGAGAGGUGACGCAAAAACAACGACGCAAAAAUGUAUGGUUGUUGCUCCUUUAUUCAUGCCAAAGGCGUGUCAUCGAUUUGUCAUGUCCAAAUAAGAUUAUUUUAAUUAAUAUAAGCCAUUAUUUCGACGGUUUUACCGAUAUACGAACGGAUGAGAUGCAUUAUCGUUUUUAAACCAAGGCCAUUUAUUAUGCAAAACUGACCAUGGGCACCGUAACAUCAUUUUAUACGCUCAGCAGUUUUUUUCGAUAUCAUCAAAAAAUUGGUCCUUUUAUGCGCGUCUUAAAAAACCAAACGUAACUUUUUGGUCCCUUGUCUAUUACUUGUCUAAGAUUACAUUUUUAAACGACAAUAGUU